CCGCUCCGCUCCGCGAUGUCCCCGCUCGGGGGUCGCCGCUGUCCCCCCGCGCUGCUGGCGCUGCUGCUGGGCCUGGCCGGGAGCCGAGGAUCCCCGGAAUGCCAAAAUCCGGCUGUGUCCCGCCCCGUGACCGCGGGAGCAUCGCUGUGCCUGGUGCCGGAGAAACCCCCGCGGGAGUGGACAGAGAUGCAGUGGAAAUGGGACAUUAAUUCAGGAGCGUUGCAGAGGAUCCUGACAGUCACCAGGGAUGAAAUUUUCUCCUAUCCCAGAGGUCCUUUCCACGAGAGAGUGAAAUUCCAUCCAGGAAACCUCUCCCUGUGCAUCUCCCCGGUUCGCAGGGAGGAUAACGGGGUCUAUUGGGCCGAGUUCGAGAAUUCGCGAGUGAUUCCAUCCCGGUGCAUCCAAGUGUCCGUGUGGGACCCCGUCCCGCGGCCGGAGCUGAAAUCCCAAAUCCUGCAGCGGGAUCGGGGCCGGUGCCACCUGUCCCUGCUCUGCUCCAGCCCCGGGAACGUCUCCUACAGCUGGGCCUGUGCCGGGGAUGGCCCGGAGCCGGUCCCGGAGCCGGUCCCAGAGCAGAUCCCGGGGCAGAUCCCGGGGCAGAUCCCGGGGCAGAUCCCGGGGCAGAUCCCGGGCAGCUCCUCCUGGCUGCUCCGGAGCCUCCCCGAGGGCGCGGAUCCCCAAAUCUGCCUCUGCAACGUCAGCAACCCCGCGGGGUGGAGCGCGGCCCGCAUCGCCCUCACCUGCCCAGAAAUUUCAGGGAAUUUCAGCCUCUGGACACUGCUGGCCGGGGUCGGGGCCGGGGCCGUGGGGCUGAUCCUGCUCCUCGUGGGCUUCUGCUGCUGGUGGAGGAAGAGGAGGAAAAAUUCCCGGGAAGGGACCCCCAGAACCGCCCCGGAGCAGGCGCUGACCGUCUACGCCACGGUGGGAGAGAAGAAACGCCGCCAGGACCCCGCCAGGACGGGCGAGGCCACCCAGGAAGGAGCCACCAUCUACGCUGUGGUCACUCCCAGGACAGUGGAGCACCCCAGGCACCACGAGGAACCCGUGAAUUUCACCAUUUACUCCACGGUCCAGUUCGACCACGGGCCUUCAUCCAUCAAGAGGAAGAGGCUGGACCGAUCUUUGGUCUCCACCGCCUACCUGGAGGAUAACGGGGGUUACAGGCGCUUGGGGUUCCCAAAUCCCGCCGACCACCAGCGCCCCUGAAACCCUGGAAUUCCCAUCCCGGUGGAAUUCUCCUCCUGGAAACUCCAGCGGCCACCGGGACCCAUGGAAUAGAAAUAUCCAGAAAUAUCCAGAAAUUCGGGGUUUUCCACCCAAGAUUCAACCCCCGGCUGCGCCUCGGAGCGAAGAUUUGGGGAUGGAAAAUUCUGGAAGGGAUGGAUUUGGGAUUGGGCAGGCGGGAUGGGCAGGGUGGGAAUUCUGUGGGGUUUUUAGCGUUUGGAAAUUUGAGAAUUCUUUAUUUUUUAUUUUUCUUGAUGAAGAGCGUGAAGAGGUUUGGGUUCACCAAUCCGAGUUUUUGGCCAACGCACCAAUUUUGGGGUGGGUUUGGUGCUGGCGCUCACUGGAGUUGUUUGCUCGUUUCCCGCUGAGGGAUCUGGAUUGGGAGGAGG